UUUGCGCUCACUAGUGCCAUAAGCCAGUACAUAGGGUGGAAACCCAUUUUUAUUUUUCGGCCCCAGUUAACGGUAAUUAGAAACCAGAAACCAAAAUGGCAACCAAAGGUUCAACUUUAUGCAACGUUUUAUCAAAAACUUUGAGGGUUCAAAACCGGGUUCUCUCCACCUCUUCAAGAAACAACCAGGCAAUCUCUCUAACCAAAGUAGCACCGCUAUCGUGUCCAUUGCGAGAUGCAGCAACCGCCUUAGACAGCAUUUUUGCACCAAUUGAAACACCGUUGGAACGAAAAACAAACAUUCAAACUUCGUCAAUAAAGUCUUUCGAUGAAAUCCCAGGACCAAAAGGGCUUCCAAUAGUGGGAACACUCUUUGAUUACAUGAAGAAAGAUGGUUUUCGAUUCAACAAACUGUUUGAAGCCUACAGACAAAGAGCUCUUCAAUUCGGACCAAUUUUCAAAGAAAACAUCGCCAACAUUUCAACAGUUGUCAUCAGCGAUCCUGUUGAGUACAAUAAGGUCAUCCGAGUGGACGGCAAAUUUCCGGAGCGCCAUCUGAUGGAGCCCUGGCAUCACUACAGGGAAAUCAAGAAAUUGGGACAGGGUCUCGUAGAUUCAAAGGGCGCUGAAUGGCACAAACUCCGUACCGUCACGAUCAAGAAGAUGCUGAAGAUGAAGGAAGUCUUGGACUGUUGUUUUGAUAUGGACCAGGUAGCCAAUGAUUUCACCGGUCAUUUGUACAGUCUCAGAAACCAGAACAACGAAAUCGUGGGCAUCGAGAAAGAACUCUUCAAGUGGUCCAUGGAAUCAAUAAGCCCGUUCUUAUUUGACUCCAGAAUCAGAUGUCUUGGACCAAACCCAUCUCAACAGGCUCAAGCCUUCAUUGAAAAUUUACAGGGAUUUUUCAAGCUUAUGCAGCCUCUCAUGUACAAUGUCCCGUUAUACAAAAUUUUCCCCACCAAAACCUGGAAGCAAUACGAGAAAUAUGCUGACAACAUUUUCAAAAUUGGCAGAUCAUUCGUAGACAAGAAAGCCGCCAUGCUCCAACAAAACCCACCAAAAGAGGGACAAAAGUCUUCCUUUUUAGAGUACAUGAUGAACCAAAAAUCCCUCACCGAAAACGAAGCUCUCUCAACAACAGUUGAUAUGCUCAUCAGUGCCACAGAAACUACAUCAACCGGAUCAUUGUGGGCAUUAUACUGCUUAGCUAAAAACCCAGAGGUCCAGGCAAAAUUAUAUCAAGAAACAAAACGAGUUCUACCCAACAACGAGACAAUCACUCCUGAAAAACUUUCCGAGCUCCAGUAUGUCAAAGCAAUCUUGAAAGAAACCUUCAGGUUAUACCCUAUCACUUUCGCAACAACCAGAUAUUUAGCAAAGGACACUGAAGUCGCUGGUUAUACAAUUCCAGCCGGGACCCAUGUGCAAGGAAAUUUGUACACGAUGUAUCGGGAUAGCAAAUUAUUUCCUGAACCAGAAGCUUUCAAACCUGAACGCUGGUUAAAGGAGAACACUAUGAACCAGGAAGUAAAAGCUCUGUCCAACCUCGUGUGGGGUCACGGCGCGCGCAUGUGCAUUGGUCGCAGAUUUGCUGAACAAGAAAUCCAUAUAUUGUUGACAAAGAUUGUUCAGAACUUCCGCCUUGAGUACAAUCACGGCCCUGUAGAUGCUGUUCUGAACACAGUUAUGACUCCUGCUGACCCUCUGCACAUUUCAUUCAUCCCCAGAAACUAGGGAAUGUCUGCGAAUCUUCAAUCGUACUGAGCACAUAUGACUCCUGCCAAUUCAUUCAUCCCCAGAGACUAGGGAAAGUCUGCAAGUCUUCAGUGAUACUGAACACAAAUAUGACCCCUGAUUGUCCUUUGCGUAUUUCGUUAAUCCCGUGAGAUAGGGAAUUCCUGCAAAUCUACAACCAUCUGUGAUAAAUUCUCUGAUAAAAGUACUUUACACAAAAAGUUAAUUGAUUAUUUUUACAAAGCAAUAUAUAUUUAUUUUUUAAACAUUGGUUCAAAAAUAAAUUGUUUCCCGAUGAGCUUA